GCGGUCCACGCUCUUUCUUAAUUCAGUCCAAUGAGAACUGCUCUUCGAUUCGUCACACCCGCCGACAAAUCUCUUUCUAUUAUCUGUUUUCCUAUUUCCUUCUCUGUCUCGCACCGUUUCGCGAAAGAUCGCCGCGAAAUUUUGAAAAAGCUACGACGAAACGGGUAUUCUCCACCGUUCUCCACCGUUCUCCUCCGACGCCGAUCCCCGAUCGAGCGAGCGAUCGCGAUUGCGAUUCGCACGACGCAAGUACAUCGCGAUGCGUCGCAACGCGGUAACGUCGUAAAACCGCGACAGGUGCAUCCUUCGCGCUGGAUGGGACACGCCGUACGCGCCGCCGUCGAGCAGGAAAAGGAUCCUCGCGGAAGACGGACGCCCGUCACUCCGCGAGUUUGUUUUGACGACGUGUACGGUGCUCGCGAGAGAGGCGUGAGCGCGCUGCGUCGUAAACACGCUGUGAUCUAAGUGCGCGAUUCCCACGAGAGAACGUUCAUCGAACGUUGGCGAACGUUGGCGAACGCGUGGAUCGAUUCAUUUUACGAUCGCGAAAAAUCGUCAAGAUCUUCGACUCGUCAUCGUCCAAGAGAACUAUACAUCUCAUCGUCUUUUGCGUGUCACAUACAGCAUCUUAUUCUGUGCCUCAACGAUCUCUCCGACAUAUCCUCGCGAACACGAAGAGCGGCCGGAUUCUCGUGCGUCGCGGGCGAUUGGACGAUUCGCUGAAACCGCUGAGAGAAAACGCUCCUUCCUAGAGGAUGCGAGGAAGGAUUUCUCCUCUUACCGAGGAAACAUGUCCCGCAGCGGUCGUCGCAACGCGCGAACCGGUUGCGCGCUCUUAAAAUAGUUUCUCACGCGCGUAGGUAACUGGCGCGCACCGUUGUCCCGCCGCUGGAACACGCCGCCGGAGUAGUGCCAGGAUGACGAGUUGGAGUGCAUUGUUUGUCGCGGCCGCCGUCGGGAUUCUGUUGUUGACGACCGCGACGAAACGCUCGGAAGCGUGCAACGAAGCGAUCUGCGCCAGCGUCGUGAGCAAGUGCAUGCUGACGCAGAGCUGUAAGUGCGACCUGGUCACCUGCACUUGUUGCAAAGACUGCUUCUCGUGCUUGAGCUAUCUGUACGACGAGUGCUGUUCGUGCGUAGAUUUAUGCCCGAAGCCAAAUAUCACCGACAAUCCGUUGAGCAGGAAAUCUCACGUGGAGGAGUUCAGCGAGCCAGUGCCAGCGCUUUUCCAGGCACUCACGGCUGAGGCGGAUCCGCACGAGAGAUGGCUCACCUUCACAUAUCCGGUAGACUUUGACAUGACAGUGUUCGCGCCGAAACACGAGAACGAAAUGAAAUAUCAUAUACAGGCCGCGAACGAGGAGCUGCAUCCGUUGAAGCCAAACGUGAUGACGGUGAACUGCACGGUCGCGUUCAUGGCGCAAUGCAAUUCCUGGAACAAAUGUCGGGCGUCCUGCCAGAGCAUGGGCGCCACGAGCUACAGGUGGUUCCACGACGGCUGUUGCGAGUGUAUAGGCGAUACGUGCAUCAACUACGGAAUCAACGAAUCGAGAUGCACACUGUGCUCACAGGGGGACAAAGAGGAGGAAGAUGACCUGAAGGACACGCAAACGGCGUAUGACGAUUACGGUCAGGACGAAGACGAAGAUGUGCUGGGCGAAGACGUAGAGGAUUAGUCAUCGCGUUCGUCUUCUGGCAUUCUUCCGUGCAAAAUAUAUGCGACAAGGGAAAAAGUGUUUGUGUGAAAGACAUUCCGAUAAAAUUACGAUCGCGAGAUUAUUUGUUCUUGU